GUAGCCACUUGCAUUUUAUUAUGCACAUUCUUGUAUCAAUUGGGCAACUGAAAGAGAUGUUUUAAUACAGUACUUAGAGAUUUGAAGGAUAUGGACGAACUAAAUGGUUCCAUGGACAGCCAUGUUUGUCAAGCCCAGCCGGCCUGAGGCAAAGGCACUCUGAGAAAACAGCCAUGUUUGUCAAGCCCAGCCGGCCUGACGCAAAGGCACGCUGAGAAAACAGAAUCUCUGUCACUGCCGAUUGACAAAUUGUUAGUUGGUUAAAAACUAAGCUAUUAUCUGUAAUUAUGCAGUAGAUUCUGGCCUCGUAAAUAUCACCGUCUCUCUUCAGCUUAAACUUUCAUUCUUAAAAUCCAACAUUAGGCUUCUAGAAUUCAUUCUUACUCGUUAUAAUUAUCCAGAUAUAUCUCUGCAUUACUUUGGUUUCCGGCAGAUGAUCAAAUCCCACUUGAUUUCAUCGAACAAUUGUCUUGUCUUGAAAUGGGCAGUGUGUAUAAAUAUACAUGUGAGAUCCUUGGAAUCUAAGUCCUCUUAUCUAAUAUCUAACUGACCUGUAAAAUGGGUCAUUUUACUCAUAAAUUUCUUCUUGCUAUCUUCCUCUUCUCAAUUGCCAAAUCACUUCUGGCCGGGAAUGAUCGUGGGACCUACAUCAUCCACAUGGACAAAUCAGCAAUGCCAGCUCCCUUCUCUACCCACCAUGAUUGGUACACAUCAACUCUAUCAUCCCUAUCAUCGCCAGAUGGCAUUUCCCCCGUCCAUCUCUACUCAUACAAGCAUGUGAUGGAUGGCUUCAGUGCUGUCCUGUCUCAAACCCACCUUGAUCAACUGGAAAAAGUUCCUGGUUAUACUUCCACUUUCCCAGAAUCUUUAGGCCAUCUCCAUACUACUCAUACUCCAAAAUUUUUAGGCCUAAACCAGCAAUCUGGAUUGUGGCCGGCAGCCAAGUUUGGUGAUGACAUUAUCAUUGGUGUUCUUGAUACUGGCAUUUGGCCAGAAAGCGAAAGCUUCAACGAUAACAAAAUGCCUCCAGUGCCAGACCGUUGGCGAGGUGUGUGUGAAACGGGAACAGAAUUUAACACUUCCAAUUGCAACAAAAAGCUUAUUGGAGCUCGCAAGUUUAGCCAAGGGAUGAAGCAUUACAGGCUGAAUAUAUCGAAAACAGAUGACUAUGAUUCUCCAAGAGAUUUUAUGGGUCAUGGAACCCACACAUCAUCAACAGCAGCUGGCAGCCAAGUGCAAAAUGCUAACUACUUCGGUUACGCUGAAGGCACAGCAACCGGAAUCGCACCAUCAGCCAGGAUAGCUAUGUAUAAAGUGUUGUUCUAUAACGACGAUGGUGACGGCUAUGAUGCUGCGGCAACUGAUGUACUUGCUGGAAUGGAUCAAGCGAUAGAAGACGGUGUGGAUAUCAUGUCAUUGUCCUUGGGGUUUAUAGAAACACCAUUCUUUGAGAAUCCAAUAGCCAUAGGAGCAUUUGCAGCUUUGAAGAAAGGGAUAUUUGUUACAUGUUCUGCUGGAAAUUCAGGCCCUCAUGGAUACACCAUGCUCAAUGGAGCUCCUUGGCUCACAACAGUUGGUGCUGGAACUGUUGACCGUGAACUGGGAGCGCGUGUUACACUCGGAGAUGGGGACAUUACUGUCACCGGAAUAUCUAUGUAUCCUGAGAAUUUAUAUGUCUACAGGAUUCCUCUAUACUUUGGACAUGGAAAUAGAAGCAAGGAACUCUGUGAUUGGAACUCGUUAGACGCCAAGGAUGUUGCAGGCAAGUUUGUCUUCUGUGACUAUGAUAAUGAAUCAUCCGUGUUUCGAUCUGAAACAGACUCAGAUGGUUCAGAUAUUGCUGGAGCUGUUGGAGCAAUCUUCAGCUCGGACGAUGGGGAAUUCCAACGACCCUACGACUUUUAUCUUCCAUUUGUGACAGUGAACACAAAAGAUGGAGAUUUGAUAAAGAAAUAUAUACUCAAUACACCCAAUGCAACAGUUAGUGUUAAGUUUGGUGUAACCACACUAGGCAUAAAGCCAGCUCCAAAAGUAGCACAUUUUUCCUCGCGAGGACCCGAUCUGAGAUCGCCAUGGAUUCUGAAACCUGAUAUAUUAGCUCCUGGGCACCUAAUUUUGGCAGCAUGGGUUCCCAACAGGGGCUUUGCACCUAUCCGUGAUGAUGAUGAUUAUUUGCUAACAGAUUAUGCUCUUGUUUCUGGCACAUCAAUGUCAUGCCCCCACACAGCUGGUGUAGCUGCAUUGCUCAAAGCCACCCACCGCGACUGGAGCUCAGCCGCCAUCCGAUCAGCUAUGAUGACAACAGCAGAUGUUACAGACAAUGCAAAUGGUAGAAUCAUUGACAUGACCACUGCAGUUGCUGGUACCCCUCUUGAUUUUGGAGCAGGACACUUGAAUCCUAACAAGGCCAUGGACCCUGGACUAGUGUAUGAUAUUGAGGUGGAGGAUUACAUUAACUACCUCUGUGCAGUGAACUACACGAACCAGCAGAUUCUAAUCAUCACAGGAACGUCGAAUUUUAGCUGCGAUUACGCGAGUUUGGAUCUUAAUUAUCCUUCUUUCAUUGUCAUCUUGAACAAGACUAAUACUACAACUUCUACAUUCAAGAGGGUGUUGCUGAAUGUGGCAGAUAAAGCCUCUGUUUAUAGAGCGGAGGUGGAAGCUCCUCCGGGUAUGAAAGUUGUUGUGCAGCCAUCAACGGUCAACUUUCCGGGAAAAUAUAGCAAAGCGGAGUUUAAUCUGACUGUGGAAGUCAAUUUGGAAGUUGAUCCAGAGAGUGAUUAUUUUGGGAAUUAUGGGUUCUUGAUGUGGAAUGAGGUUGAUGGAAAUCAUGUGAUUAGAAGUCCCAUUGUUUCUGCAAUCGCAGCAGCUAAAAACCCCUAAAACUUUGAGUCAUCUUCUUGAAUGACUCUACUUGGGAAUCUGUUUGUUUAAGGAUAGAUUACCAUUAAAUUAGAGCAAAUAAGCAAGGGAUUUGAUUGUGAAGUGGUAUUCUUCUAGUUUCUUGAAGACAAUGCCUAGGGUUCCAUAAA